GCAUAACCCGAAACGCUCAUCCUCUAGAAACGUCGUCGCCUCCGCUUGCCCUACGCAACCACGGAAAAGAAAAACAUAAUACUACUCCAGCUACUAUAGUAAUAAAGAAAAUCAGAAAUCAAUGACGACGGUGGCGACAGACGCCCAUCGCUAACUUCUCGCCUCUUGUCGCUCUCCCUCUCAAAACAUUCUUCUUUUCCGGCAGAUAAGUAGUAGUAGUUUGCAGAUCCGGGUUCGGGUCAUCAAAUCCGGACCUCUUGAUUUUGCCAAAAUGCCUUCCCGCAGAAGAACGCUUUUGAAGGUCAUCAUCCUCGGUGACAGCGGGUUUUGAUAUGCCAUGACAUCGUUUUCUGCUAUAAUGAUCUGAGUUCAGCAUAGGGAGAAAGUUAUGGCUUUUGUCUUUGGUGAUUUUUUUUUUUUGGGUUCUGUUUUUUUGAAUUGCAGGGUGGGGAAGACCUCAUUGAUGAAUCAGUAUGUAAACAAGAAGUUCAGCAAUCAAUACAAGGCAACUAUUGGAGCUGAUUUCUUGACAAAAGAAGUGCAGUUUGAAGACAGGCUCUUCACUUUGCAGAUUUGGGAUACAGCAGGGCAGGAAAGGUUUCAGAGCCUUGGUGUUGCUUUCUAUCGUGGUGCGGAUUGCUGUGUCCUUGUUUACGAUGCGAAUGUGAUGAAGUCUUUUGAUAAUCUAAAUAAUUGGAGGGAAGAGUUCCUCAUACAGGCCAGUCCUUCAGAUCCAGAUAAUUUUCCAUUUGUUGUGCUGGGAAACAAGAUUGAUGUGGAUGGUGGAAAUAGUAGAGUGGUGUCUGAGAAAAAGGCCCGAGCAUGGUGUGCCUCUAAGGGAAACAUUCCAUACUUUGAGACUUCUGCAAAGGAUGGCACAAAUGUGGAAGAAGCUUUUCAAUGCAUUGCCAAAAAUGCCUUAAAAAGUGGAGAAGAAGAAGAAAUAUACUUGCCUGACACUAUUGAUGUUGCAAGCAGCAGCCAGCAGAGGUCAUCUGGGUGCGAGUGUUAAAUUGAGUAACAUGGUCUUGAGUCUGAUUACAGAACAAAUCCUCCAAAGCACUCCACCAUCUGGCUCAUCUUCAUUUUAUUUAUUUGAUUUAUGAGGCCAAACUUGUACAUUGAUGUUUGCGUGAGAAAAGCUGAUGGUCUCUAGAUGUUUGUUGACUUUCAGAAGUUUAUCCUCCUCUGUAUCUAUUGCCUGUUUUCAUAAAGCUUCCUAGUAUUCCAUGCUCUCUUCUGUCAAUAGUGAACAGGAUGUUUUCCUUUCCGACAAUGCCAGACAGCAAUCCUCUGCUUACUUGUGCCA